GUCCUCUUUCACCUGUCAGCAUGUCCGGCAUAAUCAUAUUUCUGUGUCUUCCAAACAUUGUUAUCCGUUUGCCCAAAGCCACGUGUGUCAUUUAACAGCUAAAAACACAAUCAUUCCGUAGUCCGUAACCCAUAAACCGUGACCAUAACUCCCAGAUCCUAACUGUCCGACGAUGUCCAGGACAGGCAAUCAACUCAACCCUUCUAUCAUUCAUCCAUCAUCAAGAAAGCCGGACAAACUUCCGAUGAGGAUGGGCAACAUGACAGCACCGCCUCCUAACCGAAAGCCGGACAAAAGCCGCAUCCUGGAAAUGCAUGAGAUUUUCCUGGGGCAUGACACUCGUGGCGAUAAUAAGAUAUCCAUACGCCAACUAGGCGACUGUCUCCGAGUGAUGGGUGCCAAUCCCACCGAGGCGAUGGUUAGUAAACAUGUUCGGGAGUUUAGGGUCUCCAGCAUGGAGCGCAUAUCUUUCGAUGAGGUGAUGACCAUAUACAGUAGUCUGGGAAAACACGGAGGCCGGCUAAGUCCCAAGAAUAAGAAAAGGGAAGAGGAGCAGUUUACAUCUUGUCUCAAGAUCUUCGAUACGGAUAAUUCCGGUUUACUUUCCGCCAUUAGACUUCGUCGUCUUUUAACCGAGUGUGGAGAUCGCAUGAGUCCUUAUGAAGUUGACGACUUGCUGAAGGGAAGGAUCGAUGAACAGGGAAUGGUCAACUAUAAAAAGCUGAUUCAUGACAUUAUUUUUGGGUAGCUUAGGGGAGAUCGAAAAUAUAUAAAGCGAUCUGAGAUGAGAGUGGAAGAAUAAUCCAGAAAAUAAAUCUGUUGCUGACAGGUGAAAGUGUGUUUAAAAUAAAUGUUUGUUGCAAGCCCCUA